UCCCCUCCCUGCAGCCUUCUUCUGUUUGGGAGGUGAAAAUGCGGAAGUUUCCACCCAGAAAACCGCUGCCAAGAGAGGGGAUGAGGCUCGUGCUGACAUCUGCUGCUCGCGAGCUAGAGCAGAAGUUGCCACACUUGGUGGAUGCCUUCUCCGCGGCCGCAGUAAAACUGGAAUAAACUUCCAUGGCGACUCUGCCGGCAGCGGAGAGGAGAGCUUUUGCUCUGAAAAUCAACAGACACUCCUCAGCAGAAAUCCGGCGCCACUUCAGCGGGACCUAUACCUCUCCACAGAACACCCUUCACCAGCGCCACAGCUCCAGCAACUCUGGAUCCUUCAUCUUCAACAUUCCCCAGUUCUACGACGCGGUGGAGCCCCUGGACCUGGAGGACUUCCUGAUGACGCAGCUGCAGAGCGGAGACUCCGCCCUCAUGCAGGAGCUCGGCGAUUUCCCCGACGACCAGCUGGACGUGGAGCUGCUGGAGAGGGAGUGUCGGACGGUGCACCACUCCGAACCUGAGACAGGGGUGGAGCUGGACCCUCAUGUCAGAGACUGUGUGCAGAGCUACACUCAACCCUGGCUGGUUGUCAGCAGGAGGUGCCAGGGAGACGGGUGGGGCGCCUACUCCGAUAGGGCAGGGCUUCACAAGCUGCUGCAGAAGCAGACCUUCGAGACCGACGUCCAACCAGAGAAGCAGGAAACGCCGGUGAAGUCGCCCUCCCUGGCGGUGCUGUGCGAUGACUCCGCCCGCACGCUGACAUCAUCAGACUUCGACCUGCGAGGCCUGCAUCCCGAUGCUCGCGUGGAGAGCCUACUGCGCUUCAGUAACCCUGACGACCUGGACCGCUUCAACCAGGAGACCCGCCAGUCCAACCGCCACCCCGAAAUCUUCGCCCUGUACCCGCCUGGGGAUGAGGACGAUGCCGUGGAAAUUCGCCCAAUCCCCGACUGUCCCAAGGAGCACUUCGGGCACAGGAUCCACGUCAAGUGCCAAACCAUAAAGUUUGAGAUCGACAUAGAGCCUCUCUUUGCAACCCUGGCCCUGUACGAUCUGAAAGAGAAGAAGAAGAUCUCCGAGAACUUCUACUGCGACCUGAACUCGGAUCAGAUGAGGGGUCACCUGCGGUCCCACACCCCCCAAACAGACCCCUCCACCAUGGCCAGAGCGGCCAUUUUCUCCAUAACUUAUCCUUCCCCUGACAUAUACCUGGUCAUCAAGAUCGAGAAGGUCCUCCAGCAGGGGGAGAUCAGCGACUGCGCCGAACCCUACAUGGUGAUGAAGGAGAGCGACGGCGCCAAGAACAAAGACAAGCUGGAGAAGUUGCGUUCCCAGUCCGAGUCGUUCUGUCAGAGACUGGGCCGGUACCGCAUGCCCCUGGCCUGGGCCACCGUCAACAUCAUGAACGUCAUCAGCACGGCGACUCUGGACCGAGAGCCCGCCGACCCCGACGGCAUGAACGGGCGGAGCAGCAUUGACAGGCGGGGCAACCUGCCCAGGAGGAACUCGGAGCGCUUCGGCUGUCUGGAGGACCAGUACAACCUGUCAGGAUUCAAACCCGCAACCAUCACCAUCAGCACCUUCUGCAAGCAGGAGGGCGAUCGCCUGAGCGAUGAAGACCUGUUCAAGUUCCUGGCCGACAUCAAGAGGUACUCGUCUCUGCAGAGAAGGAUUAAGACCAUAUCAGGCACCAUUAAACUGGACCUGACCCCCGCCCCGGACGUCCUGCCCGCCUGCCUGUCCUCCGAGCUGAUCCCCGUCAGGCCGCUGGCCGAGAAGCAAGUGCGGCCCGUCAAAGAGGUGCUGGAGUUCGCGUCCCGCGAGGUCUACGUCCCGCACAGCAUCUACAGGAACUUUCUCUACGUCUACCCCCAAAGACUGAACUUUGUGAACCGGCUGACGUCAGUCAGGAACAUCACCAUCAAAAUCCAGUUCAUGAGCGGAGAAGAUCCCAGCUGUGCCUUGCCGGUCAUUUUUGGAAAAUCGAGCGGUCCCGAGUUCUUAAGCGAAGUCUACACGCCAGUCACGUACCACAACAAGUCCCCGGACUUCUACGAGGAGGUGAAGAUUCGGCUCCCGGCCAAGCUGACGGACAGACACCACCUCCUCUUCACCUUUUACCACAUCAGCUGCCAGUCCAAGCAGAACCAGGCCGGCAACGUGGAGAAUCUGAUCGGCUACUCUUGGCUCCCCAUGGUGAAUAACGACCAGCUGCAGACGGGACAGUACUGCCUCCCCAUCGCUCUGGAACGGCUUCCUCCAAACUACUCUCUCCAGUCCCCAGAGGCGUCCCCUCAGGUGGCAUCCGUGAAGUGGAUGGAGGGUCAUAAGGGCGUGUUCAAUCUGGAGCUGCAGGCCGUGUCGUCCGUACACACGCAGGACAAGCACCUGCAGCGCUUCUUCACGCUGUGCCACGCCCUGGACGGGCAGGUGUCCUUCCCCAUCCGCGUGCAGGACGAGAAGGUCCCGGAGGCCAAGCUGGAGCACGAGCUGAAGCUGAGCAUCAUCUCCCUGUCCUCCUCCUGCCUGGAGCCGAUGGUGCUCUUCCUGCACCAGGUCCUGGACAAGCUCUUCAGGCUCAUCCUGCAGCCCAUGGUCAUCGCCGGGCAGACCGCUAACCUGGGACAGAUCGCGUUUGAAUCCGUGGUGUCAAUAGUCAACAGCCUCCACAACAGCCAGGAACUGGCUAAGGACCAGCAAGGAAGGAACUGUCUCCUAGCAACAUACCUUUACUAUGUGUUCCGUCUGCCAGACACCCACCGUGAGACACAGGGCACAGGUGUGGGAGGGUCCCAGCAGCCCCCGGAGGUGCGCUAUAACACGCUGGGCCGGACGUCGGCCAUGACGGUGGGCAGCAGGCUGCUGAUGUCACGCAUCCGCAGCACCAGCAACCCCGAUAUCCCUGGCCCCCCGAGCGCUGACGAAGAGGUGGACAGCAUCCUGUCCGGCAAGUCCUCAAAUCACCCUGCCAACCGCAUGUCCACUGUACCUGACGUCGCCGGCUAUUUCCAAAAUGCAAGACCUGCAAAUAAAAAGCAGUUUCACGAGGAGCUGGCUCUGCAGAUGGUGGUCAGCACCGGUGUGUGCAGGGAACAUGCCUAUAAAUACGCCUGGUUCUUCUUUGAGCUGCUGGUGAAGAGCAUGGCUCAGUACGUGUCUCUCAUGGAGAAGCACGGCGUCCCGCGUAAAGGACGCUUCUCAGACCGGUUCAAAGAUGACAUCACCACCAUCGUGAGCGUGGUGACCGCAGAGAUCGGAACCAUCCUGGUCAAACAGCAGAAGGAAGUGGACCAGGCAGAAAAGGUCAACAUCAGCCUGGCCUUCUUCCUGUACGACCUGCUGUCCCUCAUGGACCGAGGCUUUGUAUUCCAGCUGGUGAAGAACUACUGUAAUCAGAUGUCGGCGAAGAGCGUGUCCAUGCCCACCCUGAUCACCAUGCGCCUGGAGUUCCUGCGGAUCCUGUGCAGCCACGAGCAUUACCUGAACCUCAGCCUCUUUUUCACUAACCCCUCCUCCGCGCCCGCCUCCCCCUGUCCGUCAAUCUCCUCACAGGCCUCCAGCUCCUGCUCCAGCUUCCAGGAUCAGAAGAUCUGCGGCAUGUUUGAGCUCUCUCCCGAGUUCAAGCAGCAGCACUACCUGACCGGCCUGCUGCUGACGGAGCUCAGCGCUGCGCUGGACAUGGAGUCCGAGGGGGGGAAGGUGCAGAGGAAGGCCAUUAACGCCACGCACAGCCUCCUCUGCGCCCACGACCUGGACCACCGCUGCACCCGCCCGGACGUGCGGGCCAAGAUCGCUGCUCUCUACCUCCCCCUGGUGGGCAUCAUCAUCGACUCCCUCAACCACCUGGACUUCACAGUGGCAGAGUCCCGUGGCGGGAAAGGGAAAGCGGGCGGGCCGGAGGAAGAACUCGAAAACGUCACGCCCAUCAAUCAGUCUGUCGCCCUGGCGAUUGCAGGCAACCCCUUCAACACAUUGGCAAGAAACGCCCUGGCAUCCAUGGCCUCUGUGACUGGGAAGGCCAGUGCUACGCUGAGUGCGGAGACCAGCCGGAACCUGCUGCUCUGCUUCCUGUGGGUGAUGAAGAACGUGGACCAGGGCCUGGUGCAGAAGUGGACCGUGGAAAUGCCCGCCUCCCAGCUCAACCGCCUGCUGGAGCUGCUGACUAUCUGCGCGUCCUGCUUCGAGUAUCGGGGGAAGCAGUGCUCAGAUAAGGUCAGCACACAGGCCCUGCAGAAGUCCCAGCAGGCGAAGGCCCGCCUGGAGGAGGCGCUGUUGGGCGGGAUGGGAGCCCGCGGGGAGAUGAUGAAGAGAGUGGGCGGUAAUGACCGGACCAUCGGUCAGAGGGAGAACCUGCGAUGGAGGAAAGACCUCACUCAGUGGCGACAGACCAAUGACAGACACGACAAAACGAAGGCGGAGCUUGACCAGGAAGCCCUCGUCAGUGGCAAUCUGGCCACAGAGGCUAACCUGAUCAUUCUGGACCUGCUGGAGACCAUUGUACAGGGCGUGUCCCUGGCGGACUGUAAGGACAACGUUGUGGGCGGAGUCCUGCGGGUGCUCCUGCACUCUCUCUCCUGCAACCAGAGCACCAGCUUCCUCUCUCACUGCUUCAGCUCGCUCAGAGCACUCAUCGUCAAGUUCGGGGACCUGCUCUUCGAAGAGGAGGCGGAGCAGUGCGCAGACCUGUGUCAGAAGGUGCUCCAGUACUGCAGCAGCUGCGUGGACGGCAACCGCAGUCAGGCCUGCGCAACACUCUACCUCAUCAUGAGAUACAGCUACAGCUCAGCUAGCAACUUCUCGCGGGUGAAGAUGCAGGUGACCAUGUCUCUGGCGUCUCUGGUGGGGAAGUCGUCGGAUUUCCACGAGGAGUACCUGCGCCGCUCGCUCCGCACCAUCCUGGCCUACGCAGAGGAGGAUACGGAGAUGCAGCCCACACAGCUGCCCUCUCAGGUGGACGAGCUGCUCAGGAACCUGAACAGCAUCCUGUCAGACACAGUGAAGAUGAGGGAGUUCCAGGAGGACCCAGAGAUGCUCAUGGACCUCAUGUACAGAAUAGCGAAGGGGUACCAGACGUCUCCGGACCUGCGGCUCACCUGGCUGCAGAACAUGGCGGAGAAGCACAACACCAGGAAGUGCUACACCGAGUCGGCCAUGUGCCUGGUGCACGGCGCCGCCCUGGUGGCUGAGUACCUGAGCAUGCUGGAGGACCACAGCUACCUGCCUGUGGGCAGCGUCACCUUUCAGAAUAUUUCGUCCAACGUGCUGGAGGAGUCGGCCGUGUCGGACGACAUCCUGUCCCCAGACGAGGACGGGGUGUGCUCCGGGCGCUACUUCACCGAGAACGGGCUGGUGGGCCUGCUGGAGCAGGCCGCUGAGCUUUUCAGCAACGGCCAGCUGUUUGAGAUGGUGAACGAGGUUUACAAAGUCAUCAUCCCCAUCCUGGAGGCGCACAGGGACUUCCGGAAGCUGGCCUCCACGCACGACAAGCUCCAGAGAGCCUUCGAGAGCAUCAAUCAGAAGGGACACAAGCGCAUGUUUGGAACCUACUUUCGGGUCGGUUUCUACGGCAGCAAGUUUGGAGAUCUGGACGAGCGGGAAUUUAUCUACAAGGAACCGGGGAUAACCCAUCUUCCAGAAAUUUCUCAUCGACUAGAGAACUUCUACAGCCAGUGUUUCGGAGAGGACGCGCUCGAGAUGAUCAAGGACUCCACCCCUGUGGACAGGAACAAGCUGAACCCCAACAAGGCUUAUAUCCAGAUCACCUACGUGGAGCCCUACUUCGACGACUACGAGAUGAAGGACCGGCUGACCAACUUCGAGAAGAGCUUCAACCUGCGUCGCUUCAUGUACACCACGCCCUUCACCAAGAGCGGCCGGCCGCGGGGGGAGCUGAGCGAGCAGUACAAGAGGAAGACCAUCCUCACCACCAUGCACGCCUUCCCCUACAUCAAGACCCGCAUCAACGUCAUCCAGAAAGAGGAGUUCGACCUGACGCCCAUAGAGGUCGCCAUCGAGGACAUGCAGAAGAAGACUCGGGAGCUAGCCGUGGCAACCCACCGCGAACGGCCUGACGCCAAGAUGCUGCAAAUGCUGCUGCAGGGGUCUGUGGGGGCCACUGUCAAUCAGGGACCCCUGGAGGUGGCCCAGGUUUUCCUGAACGAGAUUCCUGCAGACCCCAGACUCUUCCGCCACCACAACAAACUGCGUCUCUGCUUCAAAGAGUUCAUCACGCGGUGCGGAGAGGCGGUGGAGAAGAACAAGCACCUGAUCGCGGCGGACCAGAAGGAGUACCAGCAGGAACUGAAGAAGAACUACAACAAACUGCGGGAGAACCUGAGGCCCAUGCUGGAGAGGAAGAUCCCUGACCUGUACAGGCCAAUCAUCAAGCCCCGCAUCGAGAGCAGGGAUUCCUUCAAGCGGCUGAGUUUCAGACGAGCUGCAGAGGAAAACUCCUGAGGUACCCGCUGACCCAGACAGAGGCUCUCUGUUGCACAUUAGGCAGAAGAGAGGAGGAGAGGAGAGGAGAGGAGGGAGAGAGAAGAGAGAAUGAGAGAGGAGGGAGGUGGUCUUUUACUGGCCAGAAGGUCCCCAAGGAUGGAGACUGAGAACUGGGCCUGAGGCUGAGGGACCGUCUGUGCCCUGCUUGACACAUUUGGGCAGGGGUGCUGGUCUCCGAACUAAAGAUGAACCACACAAUUCAGGCUUCUGCUACUCAAUGGAAACAUUAGGACUGGAUUCACUGCAUUUUGACAAAUGCCAAUUGCUGAAAUGGUGCAAAAAGACGUUUCAAUCGCAAGAAAAAAAAAGGUUCAUGUGGCCCAAGAAGCUGGGCAAAACAGGAUCCAUAUUCAUACAGACAUUCUAGAACUUUCUUUAUUCAAAUACACAGGUUACUGUACAGAUGGUUUCAGAUGGCCAGAUACUGUACAUUAUUGUCCAAUUGAGCACUCUGCCAAUGUCAUUUUUACACUCUUCUUGAGUUGUGUCAUUUGUGUAGCACACACAGGCACACACACACACACACACACGAGAUAGAGACAGAUUGAUGAAUAAGCCGUCUAAUAUGAUGAUUACCUUAAUAUUCCUUUAACAGUGGAAGGCCCCGUGUAUCUGCUUGCAUUUGUUGUUUGCAACUGCCAGGCACUCUGUUCCACAGAGACAGAGGGUCAGACCUGAGGAAGAAAGACUUGCUUAACAGAGAAGAGCACACAAACAAACUGUCCUUUCUAACUGCUCCCUUGUAAUGCAAAACAUGGUGUCUAUGCAUGACACAUGCAAAGAACAGGGCUGUGAGAAUCUCAUUUACAAACAAAGGACACUUCCAAAUGCCCAGAGAGCAUUCCUAUGGUGUGCAAGACCUCUCUGUCUCUCACUCAGAAUAUGAGAACUGAACAGUUCAGCAAAACAACAAGAUGCUCUCCAGUAUGUGGUAGCCUUCAAUCAAAUUCAAUUCGAUGACAUUAUUCAUUUCGGGCAGUUUGUUCACACAAGUCUGGUUUACAUUACUUUUUUUUUUUUUUUUUUUUUACACACCCAGGAAAAGCUGCGAAGAACCAAGAAAUGAAUCUCUACGGUACAUUCUUUGCCCUCUCGUCCAAAACAAAAAGCGCGCCUUUUUGGGGUGACAGCGCCACAGGGGCACAGGAACGGGGUCCAGACCCCAAAAACAUCUUAAGCAUUUCGGUACUGAACUCGUGCAGGCUGAGGGGGAAAGGGUCGGCGGUGUCGUCCUUCUGUGGCAGGCCGUGUUCCGUGCCUCUCUGCUCGCGCUCCGGAGCCCUGCUCUGCGUCUCCAGCUCUGACGUUCAUUGGAGAAGGCAAUGCUUGUUACAGAUGAAAAACGAAGGGACCGAGGAGGGCAAUAAUGGUUUACAGAAGUUCCCAAAUUCAUUUUACUCGCUUCCUCCUUCUCUCUCUUAUUUUUUUCCCCCCCUCAACUCAUUUACAGCAAGGUGGCCAUUUUGAGUGGCAGGCUUCCAGAAACUGUGCAUUUGAAACGAUGGUUGGCUCUUUCAUGCGUUCGAAAUUAAGGGUGAUGAGGUGUGACUGAAUUCUUUUUUAAUAGCAGUGCAUAAAUGGAGCUUUUUGAUGUGGGUAUGCUGGAAAUAUACCAGGAGAAAUGCAAGGGCCCUGCAAGGCUCACGAGUGCCAAAUCUGAAACACAUGGAAUUAUCAAUACUGUAAUUUUAAAUUUACAGUCAUACUUAGUUCUUGUCCACCCUCAAGCUGUGUCUUAUUAGAUGCACAAUAAGCAUGCACCAUGUUCAACUAAUUAAAGCCAUUUCAGUUUUUUCUUUUUAAACUGUGGUCAGUAAAACAUUAUUUUUGUUUAGACUGAAUAAAUGUACAUUUUUAAAAGUAUGAGAAAGCUUAGAAUUCUGUAACAAAAGUGACAGAUAAGGACACGCACGUGUACAUUAAUUUUUGUUAACUUAUGGAUCGUCUGUCCAGUAUAUAAACAUAUCACAGUCUGUUACAACACAUUUAGCUGCUUUUCAUAAGACGAGAUGUAUGAGUGUAAAAGUAUAAGCACUGGAAUCUAUUUUGGCGAGAUUUUAUUUUUUACAUUAAUAUAGGGUAUCAUUUGUACGUAAAGAUCAUGUGGUGUGAUUAAACAGCCAUGUUGAAAUUUCAAUGUGACGCACUUGAAUCUAAUAAAUGUUGUAUGUAAAAUCCG